UUCUCUAUUUAUAUGUUGACAUUUUUCCUCAGCCUGAAUGCUAUUCAUGAUGGCAAAGAGGCAGAAAACCGGAGAGAUGACUGAACCCCUGAGUGAUGUCACACCAAGUGAAAGCGGUCAAACAUUGAGUCAAGCACAUGGAUUUGAUGACGUCAUCAUCAAAGUAGCAAAUGCUAUAUCAGAUGAUGGCGAUUUAAUGAAACUUGGUACUGAGCUGGAAGUCCGGAUUCCUGAUAUCAACCGGGCAUUAGCUACCAAUUGGGCUGGAGGUAAAAAGACAUGGCAUGGUAACGUGAUGAUGCUCCAGAACUGGGCAGAGACGGUCGAAUCAUCCAAGCGACUUCCAAUUCUUAGAGCUGCUCUCAAAAACGCAGGCUUACGAGAAGUGGAAGAGACAUGUUUCACGUCAAGCGGCUGCAGUGGUGACGAUGAGGCGAUGCCAAGUGACAUAAUGAGGUUAAGAGAACAACUGAAACGUAGAUAUCGCAAGAAAUUUGGUCGGAUCAAAACAUCGCCUGUGAACCCUGCGUCACGAACAUGGCUUCAGCACAUCUAUGUCAGUCUCGUCCUGAUGUUGGGAUUGGAAGGGGAAAAGGAGGAGUCAAUAGAUUAUGAUGGGUUGUUUAAAUUCAUCAAAACUGACACACCGACAGGUUUUGUAACACGAUUAGCUUUCAUUGGAGAAGCUGGUGUAGGGAAAUCAACGCUGUUUGCUAAGAUAGCUCUUGAUUGGGCUGAGGGUAAAAUUCUUCAAGAAAUAAAUCUGCUUUUUCUUGAAUCAUUUCGAGAGAUUAAAGAGAGCGGAUUCUUUGGGGAUACUGUCAUGGGCCAUUUCCCAGAUGAUUCAGAAAUAAAAGGGGAACGGAUUGAUGACUAUAUCAAGAACAAUCAGAGAAAAGUCCUUAUCUUAUUGGACGGACUGGACGAAGCACGAAUCGACAUCAAGAAGCCAAAUCGCAAUGACGCUAUCGUAUCGAUCGUAAGAGGAGAACGAUUCAUUGAUACCCCGGUUGUCAUCACAACCCGUCCUUUUGGAGCAGAUCAGAUCAAGAGCAUCAUGACGAUUAAUGAGCACUACACGUUUGGUAAGGUUAAGGGCUUCACAAAGAAAAACAUGUCAAAAUAUAUCAAAAACUUUUUCAAAGAUGAUUCUCAGUCUGCUUCGACCCUCAUUAACUUCAUUGAUACAAACCAAGUGGUUUCCGAGUACAUGGCACCUUUCCCGAUAUUCUGCUGUAUGCUAUGUACCCUGUGGAAAACGCCUUCUCGGCGGGAAAACAUUCAGAUAAUGGAAACAUUCUCGCAACUAUUGAAGCGUCUUGUCUUUUCACUUCAAGAGCAAUACUCUUCCAAACCUAAUGAAUUAGAAGAGGGCUAUGGAAGCCGCAUGAAGAAAGCUAGUAAAAAUAUGAGAGAUAUUGGUUGUAUCGCAUUCGAAGGUCUGUUGGAUAAACAGUUCAUCUUUGAUGAAAAAGCAUUCGGCUUAUGCACAGAGGCUGCAAUGAUUGCAUGCGAGGUCGGGAUUCUUAGCAUGGAAAUAAGGCCAGCACCCUUGCAAAUCAGAGAAAGUCAGCAAGAGCAAUUCAUUCAAGAAUUCUCUUUCCCUCAUAAGUUACUGCAGGAGUACAUAGCAAGUUUCUACCUUGCAUUGCUGUUCGACGAAGAUCGUCGAGAAUUCAACAGAAUCCUGGCAGACAGUCUUUUAGAAGACUACAUGGAAUUCAGGUAUGUCUUGUACUUUACUGCAGCUCAUGCAGGUGAAGUAGGAAAGUCGGUCCUGGAAGCUCUAUGCAAGGAAGUUGAUGACGUGGAGUUCAUCAUGGAGGUUGCUUUUGAAUGUCAUGAUUCAGAGGUCAUUGAUCCCGUCAGGAAUCUUCUGAAGGCGAAGGCAGUUCUUGACCUUAGUUCUGAUGAUCCAAUCGCCGCAUAUGUCUUCACACUGAAGUCAAUAGGGAAAGAAGUAGUAAGAAGGAGUUCUUCCAUUUGUGAAACAUUGGGUGUUAACAAGUCUUUUGAAACUAAAGCAUCAUCGUCGCAUGUAGCAGCAGUAGGUCUCUUCACAUUACAGAACUUACGAUACUUGACCAUUAGAAUCAAGCGUCUGGAUGAUGAAUUCUGCACAGGAAUGUCUGCUGCAGCUUCACAGUCCAAGAUUGAGAAGCUACGGCACGAGAACGCAGAUCUGGGUUCUGCUGCAUCCUCUCUUUACGCGAGAGGUCUCUGCUCCAUGCCAAAUCUUCGAUCAUUGCAUCUGGACUAUAUGGAGCUGAGUGAUGAGUUCUACUCAACGAUGGCCUCUGAGGCAUCAAAAUCAAAGAUUAAGGGGCUAACGCAUGAACACGCAGAUCUGGGUUCGGCUGCAUCUUCUCAUUAUGCGAGAGGUCUCUGCUCCAUGCCAAAUCUUCGAUCACUGGAUCUGUACUCUGUAAAGCUGAGUGAAGAGUUCUACUCAACGAUGGCCUCUGAGGCAUCAAAAUCAAAGAUCCAGAUGCUGGUUAUGGAUGAUGUUUCCAUGAUGACUCCAAGUCGACUACACUCCAUUCUCUCGCUACCAUGCCUCGAGUCACUAACCUUGAAGAAUAUCAGACCAGUUGACAUGGACGAUGGAGAGACACUGAUUCCUCAAAUAACCUCAGUAGAUGAGCUAUGUGUGGAUUGUGAGGAUGUGACCACCCUGUGGAAUCUUGGACUUCAUACAUCAUGUCCCCGAGUUCAAAAACUCCAACUGAACUGGCAGAACGAGGAGAAUUUCUCAUCAGACGUCGUCACAAUGGCCUGCUCUCCAUUUCAUCAUCUAACUCACCUUCACAUGCAGGAAAUACAGCAAUAUGCAUUGUGGCCAUUAAAUACACUGAAUGAUCCCGUGUCAUUUUGCGAUGCGGUUAAAACAUCAUGUCCUCGACUCACCAAACUGUCCAUUAGCAUAAUUGGCCUGAACAACAAGAAGGCAGCUGAGAUUAUCAAACUCAUGAAGACUCAUCCACACCUGAAAAGCAUAGAGUUGGAUACUUGUGAUACCAACGCGGAUCUGGAUCCACUGAUUUCUGAGGUGAACAGUGAAGGCGAGCUGACUGUCACAGUGAUGCAUGGAAAGUGAUGAUGAAUGGGAAUAUUACGCUCAAGUAAUAUGUGGUUUCGCCAUCAAGCAACAACGUAUCAAAAUUGUUAACAUAUUAGAAGGUGAUCAUCAUCAGACCACGUGAUGACAGCAGACUGCUACGGCCUUGAAAAUGAAACCUGUUGAAUGUGGAGGCAACCAGGCUACCCGAAUAACUAACUCUGACCGGUUUGUGUUUUCUCAUAUUGGCUAUACUGUAUUAAAUGAUAGUGAUAAUAUAUUGCAUUGCACAAUCAUAACAAGGUCAUCAGGAAUUGAAUCCGUAAGGAUCUGUUGAUAUAUCCUUCAUCACGGUGAUACAUGUAUUCUGUAAGAAUUCAAAUGAGCUUUCCGGUAUACCAGCAUUUAUUUCAUGAAAUAGGAGUGAAAGAAUUUGUAUCAAAUUUUUCCUGUUUAACAGACAAUUCAUCCAUUAUCAAGAAAGAUUCUUGAAAAUACAGUGUGUAAAAUUUAUAUACUCGAUCUAGACAAGCUUUAGUCAUAUUUCUGUCGUAUCCAAUACAUUCUUGC